AUGACAGCCACCAUCGCAGCACCAGCAGCCACGAUUAGUACACGAAGCACGCAUCAUAUCAUUGAUUUUGGCGAUAGUAGGCCAAACAGAUACAAGCAGGGGACGACACAUAGUCGCGUUCCGCUGACGACCAUCAAUCCGGCGAUGUCGCAGGCGCGGGGGCGACUGGCAAAUGGGAACGGAACAAAGAAGAGUAUGAAGGGAGGAGAUGGGUAUGCUGAAGGUGGUGCGAAUGGAUGGGGAGGGAAGCGGAAGGCUGUUGAGUACGACGAGGAUGUUGAAGGCUUUCAGUUCACUCGCGCAACUGUCCCAAAGAAAUCAAAGUCUGUUACAAUCGAGGAGAAUUCGGUUCCACCACUGCCAAGGGAUGAGGAUACUCAACAGCAACCUGUUCAGAAGCAGAAGGGGAGAGGGAGACCUCCCAAAUCCACGGAGGCACCGCGCAAUGUAACAUUUGAGACUCCCAAUGGAAAACUCCCCACUCGACCACUUCGACGAACGUCAAAACGUCUGGCUGAAGAGGAACCAACUGCAACAGUGACAGAGAAAUCAUUAAAGCCCAGGCGGAAAUCGAGUGAUAUCGCACCCGCACCAAUCAUGGUUCAGCGGAAGCGGGGUUCAAGUAAGGCCAAAGGCUCACAAACGGAGCCUCUAGGGGAGGAGACGGAAGGCCAGGUUACUACGCCAUUAGCAGAUGUGAAUACACAGAAAAUUGCACUCCCCUUUGCGGACACGCCCGUUAUUCAGAAGAACAAGGAGAUGCGGAUGGAGAAGAGCCAGAAGGGCCAGAGGCGGAGUAGUCUUGGGAGGAGGGGGAGGAGAGCGAGCUGGCUGAUUGAAUCCGGGGUGUCUAAUGCGCUACCACAUGACCAGGUUGACACGGCGCAUUUUUACAAACAUAUCGAAUGUGAGGGCUUGUCGGAGCCCAAGAGAAUGAGACAGCUCCUUACGUGGUGCGCGACCAGAGCAUUAGGGGAGAAGCCAUCUGGAUCUAGGUCGGGGGACGAAAGUGCUAGAUUAGCUGCUCGGGUAAUACAGGAGGAGCUACUUGAGGAUUUCGCGAAUCGGCCUGAGCUUUCGGACUGGUUUGGUCGGCAAGAAACCACACCGCCGGCCGUAGUAGUAAAGAAACCAAAUCCAAGGAAUAUACAAAACGCGGAGAAAAUUAAAGAAUUGGAGGAGCAGAUACAUAAAGCGACAAUCACUUACAUCUCUCUUACGGCCACCGUCAAUUCCAAAAAUAAAACCUCCGUCUUCAACAUCCGCACAAAAAUCCGAAAAUCAACAACCAUCCACAUGCACACCACAAACAGAACACCAACCGCGCAAACAGACUCAUCCUGUACUUCAAUAUCCAACAUAACAUCCCGCCUUUCCCACCUAACGACAUCCUUAAUCCCAACCCUUGACUCCUUCGCCUCGGGAAUCCACGACAUCGAGCUAUUCCGCCGCGCAGCGGAUGACGUGGCAGGGCAGGUUCUUGCGAUUUGUGCGCGUCUAUUGGAAGAGCGCGAUCAGUUACGGCAGAAACGAAUUGGUGGGGAGGAGCUAGGUAGCAGUGCCAACGGCCGCACGAUGAGAACGAGAAGGAGAAAGGGUAAACAGAAAGUUGGUGAAGCAGCGGAGGACGAUGAAGGAGCAGGCGACGGGGGAGAUGCAGAUGGGGAUGAGAAGGAUGAUUUGAGAAUAGAGAAGGAGGAUUUGGCCAUUGUGUUGGCGGCCUUGAAAGUUGAUGAUAGCGCGCACCUGGAACCUGUAAAUAUUAUUAGCCAGGCUUAUCCGCCUAUUGUGUUCGAAGAUUGA